AUGACGGAUCAGAUACCGCGAGGCGCUCGGGAUGACAUACUAAGCCCGCUUCCUCCUUCGCAACAAUCGUUAGACAGAUCUGAGAAGACAACAAACGAUGAAGAGCAGAUCCCGCCAGCAACGAGGCCAGUGGAUGUGCCCCCUGACGGCGGCUACGGCUGGGUGUGCUGCGCCUGCACCUUCACCAUCAACGCGCACACCUGGGGUCUAAACAGCUCCUACGGCGUCUUUCUCGCCCACUACCUCUCCACCUCCACCUUCCCCGGCGCCACUCCCCUCGACUUCGCCUUCGUCGGCGGCCUCUCAAUCUCCCAAGCCCUCUUCGUCUCGCCCCUCGCGACGAUCCUAACCCGCAUCUACGGCACGCGCACGACCCUCCUCGUCGGCGUCUUCCUCGAAACCCUCUCCCUGAUCGGCGCCUCCUUCGCAACCCGCAUCUGGCACCUCUUCCUGAGCCAAGGCGUCUGCUUCGGCUGGGGCAUGGGUUUCCUGUUCGUCGGCUCUGUGGGCAUCGUUCCGCAGUGGUUCAGCGCGCGGCGGAGUUUUGCGAACGGGAUUUCGGCCGCUGGGUCGGGCCUUGGCGGGCUGGUGUACAGCCUUGCUACGAAUGCGAUGAUUGAGCGGAUUGGGCUGGCGUGGGCGUUUCGCAUCCUGGGGAUUGUGGCGUUUGUGGUUAACCUGGUGUGUGCGCUGUUGGUGAGGGACAGGAACAAGCUCGUUGGCUCGAGCCAGCGCGGGUUUGACUACAGGCUGUUUCGCCGUGGGGAGUUUCUCCUGUUGCUGGGUUUUGGGUUCUUGAGCAUGCUGGGAUAUAUCGUGCUGCUCUUCUCGCUCCCCAACUACGCCGACAGCGUCGGCUUGACAGCGCAGCAGGGCUCGGUGGUUGGCGCGAUCCUGAAUCUCGGACAGAUGCUUGGGAGGCCGCCGAUUGGGUAUUACAGCGACACGUUGGGCAGGAUCAACAUGGCGGUGGUGAUGACGUUGCUUUCGGGGCUGUUUUCGCUGUUUAUCUGGACGUUCGCCACGGGUUAUGGUGUUUUGAUUUUCUUUGCUCUGAUCGGAGGGACCGUGGCUGGGACGUUUUGGGCGGUUGCUGCGCCGGUCACGACGGAGGUCGUCGGGCUAGUGGAGUUGCCGAGCGCCUUGAGUAUUGUGUGGAUAGUACUGGUGCUGCCGACUACUUUCUCAGAAGCGAUGGCACUGGAAAUGGUCAAAGGUGCGGGCGGCAAAUACCUGGGCGCGCAGCUCUUCACGGGUUUCACAUAUGUUGGUGCUGCGGCUCUACUCUGGUUGGUUCGAGCGUGGAAGAUCGGACAGAUGGAGGAGGAGGCAGCAGCAGCAGCGAUUGAGAAAGGUCCGGAGAGGCACGAGUCGACGAUGACGGUACCGCUUGACGACGCUGUAGACGCGCCACGGGUGAGGGUACAUGUAGGCAAAUCGAGUCUUGUGAAGCGUUUGUUUUGGAUAGGUAAGGUCUGA